GCAUCAAAUCACCCAUGCCUCAAUCAACCGAGGCUUAUCAGCCACUUGCAGUUGAGGUCGAUGACAAUGAAAUUCAUGAGAAAACCAUCAUAUACGAGGAGACCAGGGAACUCGGCGAGGACAGUGACGAUAACGAUGACGAUCUCGACUUGAAAGAGUUUGACUUGUCACAACUACCCCAGGAAUGCCGACCUAAGUGGUACCAGCCUGCUCGAUGGCGAGUCGCGCCAAACUGGGGUAUCCGACCCAAGUGGAACUUCUCAUUCAACGUGGAAGACAUCCCUGAUGCCAAAACCCUCGCCUGGCUCUUACUUUCCUACUUCCUCGCCAUUCUACCACGAUAUCUACAACCUGGCGGCCUAAGAGUGAAAAAAGAGCUGCAUCCCACAUCAUAUCUCGAUGCCCUUCGCGGCUGGGCAGCGCUAGCCGUGUUUCGAUAUCAUGGCCUUAGCAACAAGACGUGGCUCCUGGAGCAACCCGUCAUUCGUACGGUGUUGAACGGACGGGCCAUGGUCGACAUAUUCUUCGUCAUUUCUGGAUAUGCUCUCAGCUACCGCAUGCUCAAGAUGAUGAGAAAACGACAACCCAUACUCCUCCGAGCACUUGCCUCCUCCUCAUUCCGGAGAUGGUGGCGUCUCUAUGCGUCCACCGGUGUCGCAUCGGGCGUCACCGCCAUCAUGACCUACUGGGGCUGGUGCCAGCCAAAAUUCCGAAAAUCCACUAUCUGGCUUCAAUUCUGCGAUUGGGCUUGGGACUGGCUUGCCUCGAGCAACCCUUUCGCCGACAUUCGGGGAUGGUGGUACGGCGCCGUCUUCCGAACCAAGUAUCUCGACCAGAUGUGGACAAUUCCUGUCGAAUUUCGGGGCAGCUUGGUCUUGUUCUGGUUCUGCGCAUCAUCCGCGUACCUGACGACCAGAGGACGACGUCUCUUCUGCCUAAUUGUCAUUUCCCUAUGUUACUACUGGGGAGCCAUCUAUGCUGCCCUGUUCCUGUGGGGCAUGAUGAUUGCUGACCUGUCUUUUGACCGCCAUCCAGAACGGCUCCAGAAGAUCCAACUGCCUCAACAACAGCAAGAUGGGGAAGCAGUCGUCACUGAACCUCGAAGGCAAUCCGUCUACGCGAAAGUCUUCUGGACUAUGAUACUGUUAGUCGCCAUGUUUCUGUGCGGUCAACCCCCCGAUGGCCAAUGGCUGGUUGGACCGUGGCCAUGGCCUCUACUCAGCAAACUCAUCCCAUGGUAUUACGAUGUUCCUCUGGCGGAGCAUUUCUGGUUGAGCUGGGGUGCGACCCUGCUGGUUUUUGCUAUUGACAACUGCCGCAUGCUGCAAAUUCCGCUCGAGCUAGGAUUUUCCCAGUACCUUGGAGACUUGUCCUUUGGAAUCUACGCCAUGCACAACACUAUUCUGUGGACGCUGUACUUUCAGGUGGUCGAGCCAUGGCGUGCCGCUAAUCUGGGUGAUGGAUACUGGUCUGGCCUUCCCGGCAUUCUUUUCACCACCUUGGUUUUGCUCUGGUGUGCAGAUUAUUUCACCCGCCUUGACAACAAAGUCGUUGCGGCAGGAAAAUGGUUAGAGUCCUUCUUUUUUGUGGAUUGGAAUUGAUGGGAUAGAAAUCUAAGGAAGUUGCGUUGGUAGGUAGGUAGUAGUACUAUCUACUAGUACUACCCUACCUAGUACUGACUAGGGUAGUACUUAUUAGCAUCGGCGCAUAAAGCGGAG